AUGUCUUCCAAAAGUGGACAAGGUAAAAAUAAGAAGAGCCAUCUUACAAAGUAUAAAAAUUAUACCGACAACGAUUUCCUAGAAAAAAAUUCGGAUAAACAAAAAAGAAAGAGACAAGACAAAGAGAAAUUCGUGGAAAAUGGCUCAGAUAAAUUCAAGAAAAAUAAAAUUAAGCAUAUUGAUCUGAUAAGUGAUGAUUCUGACACGGAACAUUCCGACCCAAUAAUAACAAACAAGAAGAUUCAAAAAUCAGGAAGUAGUCAAACGAAGGUCAAAAAGGAUGAUAAAUCAAAGAAAAAAAAUUUUUUUCCAAUCUUUGACAUUAUCUCAACGGAUGAGGAAUUUGAUUCAGAACCUUUUCUAGAUAUGAAAAAGGAAAAGUCAGGAAAGAGCAUAAAGAAAAUUAAAAAGGAUAGUAGUUCAAAGAAAAAGGUUUCAACUAAAAUCUUUGAGAGUAUCUCGAGUGAUGAUGAGGCGCAUAAAGAAAUAGCGGAUCCUCCAAACGAUUCAAAAAAGAGAAAGAAAGAGGGAAAAAAAAUAAUAGAUUUGACAAAACAAGAAGAGAAACCGGACAAUACAACCAAGAAAUCAUCUAAAGGAAAAAAGGUCGAAGAAUAUUUCUCAGGACCUGAUCUCUCAGAUGACUACACAGAAAAAGUGUCGAAAAAGUCCAAAAAAUCUGAAGUCUCGGUACAAAUUGAACAUGUGGAAAUGAAUGUUAAAAAAGGUACCAAAACAUCAAAAACAUCUUCUAAUCUUGAGACAUCCAGACAGAGUGUAUCCAACACAUUAAAUAAUUCUCAAUCAACAUCCUCUAAAGUCAAUUCUCGUUUGAAUCAUCAUCCUUAUUCUGACGAGAGUAAAUCAACAUCCAAUUCUAGUGCCCCCGAUUAUUACCAACAACAUAGAAUUGAAAUAAGCGGCGAUCGUACAUAUGAUCCAAUUACCUCUUUUGAUCAAAUUGAUGUUGAUGAAGAUACAAGAAAUUAUUUAUUGAAUUUCAAGAAGCCAACACCCAUCCAAGCGAGUUGUUGGCCAAUUUGUCUCAGUGGAAGAGAUGUAAUUGGAAUAGCCGAAACUGGAUCGGGAAAAACAUUGGCAUUUACUAUACCAGCUAUCAAACAUGUUAAAAAAAAUUCUUCCUUCAAGAAAAGUUCGCCAAAUCCAUUAAUUCUCAUACUUGCGCCAACUCGUGAAUUAGCCAUGCAAAUUCAGGAGCAAAUCGAAGAAAUUGAUUCGGUGUCGUGUGGCAAAAGCUUAUGUGUGUAUGGUGGUGUUCCUAAAGAACCACAAAGAAAGGAUCUUCGUAAAGGAACAAAAGUUAUAGUUGCUACCCCCGGUAGACUUAUUGAUUUUAUUGACGAAGGUAGUUGUGACAUCAGCAAUGUCUCAUAUCUUGUACUUGAUGAAGCCGAUCGUAUGCUUGAUAUUGGAUUUGAAAAAGAUAUUAGAAAAAUAAUUUCCAAAACAAAUUCGAAACGGCAAACUUUAAUGUUUUCCGCUACUUGGCCAGAUUCUGUGCGAAAACUCGCUGAAGACUUUUUGAAAGAUCCUGUUAAAGUUAACAUUGGCUCAUCUGAACUGGCCGCCAACAACGAUGUCACCCAAAUAGUUGAAAUUUUAUCAAACCCGAACGAAAAAGAAAAACGUCUAGUUCAACUUUUGAAAGAGUAUCAUGGCAACAGGAGCAAUCGCGUUUUAGUCUUUGUUCUUUACAAGAAAGAAGCAACACGAAUUGAAAAUUUUCUCACAUAUAGUGGCUUUGAGGUUCAAUCCAUUCAUGGGGAUAAAGGUCAAUUUCAACGUACAGAAGCUCUACGAGCCUUUAAAGAUGGGACAUAUCCAUUACUGGUCGCUACGGAUGUUGCAGCAAGAGGACUUGACAUUCCGGAUGUUGAGUAUGUGAUAAACUAUACUUUCCCUUUGACCAUAGAAGACUAUGUUCAUCGAAUUGGACGAACAGGACGUGCUGGUGCCAAGGGAACUUCCCAUACCUUCUUCACAGUCCAUGAUAAAAGCCAUUCAGGUGAAUUGAUAAAUAUAUUGAAAAAAGCAAAACAGAAUGUCCCAGAAGCAUUACUUAAUUUUGGCGGAACUGUAAAGAAGAAGGAACACAAAGUGUACGGCGCUUUUUAUAAGGACAUUGAUCCUUCUGCGAAGCCGAAAAAAAUCAUUUUCGAUGAUUAA